AUGAAAUCUCCCUUUACCAGUCACCACCCAAAACAACCCCAGCUCUCCUGCAACACCCCCACCCAUAAUCCCAGUUUCAAUAACACUGCUUCCUGCUACGAACCCACUUCCGUUCUUGACAUCCGUCGCAGUCCAAGCCCAGUCGCAGGUGCACCUGAUUCAGUUCUAUCUUUUCCGGUGGUUCCCGGCGUCUCUUUGGACGACCCUUCUCUUCACUGGGACGACCCCCCACUUCAUCAUCUUCCGUUUUUGCCAUCGGACGAUUGGGAUUCCAUGACAUGGGGUUUCGGUGAAAAAGAUGAUUCUGCUUCCAUGUCCAAAACUCUCCCCCACUUGAGCACCUUUGACCCCCAAAACCCCAAUACACCUCACGUCCUACCCUCUGACUCUUGCUUCCCUGUUUCUUCCGUUGUUCACUCUGAUUAUAAUGCCUCUGGUGUGUUCACUUCGAAUCAAAAUCCAAAUUCUGACCACGAAUUUGAUUGUUUACAGUUGGAUCAGCUCAUUAGAGCUGCCGAGUGCUUCGAGUCAACGCAGUUGCAGCUUUCUCAGGGGAUAUUGGAGCGGCUCAAUCAACGUUUGCGUUCACCCGAUGGAAAACCACUCCAAAGGGCUGCCUUCUACUUCAAAGAAGCCCUUCAGUCGCUUCUCACCGGCUCCAAUCGAAUCACCGCAUAUUCCUCUACUUCAGCAACAUUUCAUAAGAUUAGAGCAUACAAGGCCUUCUGUGAGAUAUCUCCCAUCGCUCCAUUCGCUAAUUUCAGCACUACCCAAACGCUCCUUGAGACCCUGAACGGAGCAAGGUUCAUCCAUGCCAUAGAUUUCGAGAUUGGUCUCGGACUUCAAUGGGCAUCGUUCAUGCAAGAGGUCACGAACAGGUCGAAAGCCUAUAACCUUCCUCCGCCCGCUCUCCGAGUUACUGCUGUUAUACCAGAAGAAUCAUUAAUUGAAGCGGAACUCAUCAAGGACAACCUCUAUCAAUUGGCAGAGGAACUCGGAACCCGUUUCCAGAUAAUGUUCCUGAGCGUUCGUAGUUUCGAAACGGCAAUGUUCAAUUCGGUCAGGUUCGUCGAAGGUGAGACGAUCGCCGUCAAUCUUUCGCCAUCAAUUCUCGGACAUCUUUCUUCGUCGGAUUCCAUCUCUCGAUUCUUCUGUCUUCUCCGGCGAAUCCCUCCGCAGAUCGUCCUUUUCGUAGAUACAGAGGGGUGGAGAGAGGCAGGUCCUCCUUCGUUUCGCCGGAACUUCAUCAACGGGCUCGAAUUGUACUCUUCGUUACUGGAAUCGCUCGACGCAGCUAACACCCGUGGCCUCGAUUUUGUGCGGUUAAUUGAGAGGUAUCUUCUGCGGCCCAAGAUUUUCACGGCGGUUGCUGCGGCGAGAAAUCGCUUGCCCACGUCGUCGUGGUGGGAACUGUUCGCCGCAGCUGGGAUGUCGCCGGUGCCGUUCAGUGAGGUCACGGAGUCUCAGGCUGAGUGUCUGGCGCGGAGGGCACAGGCUGGGGGCUUCCACGUGGCGAAGCGACAGACGUCGAUUCUGCUGUGCUGGCAUGAUAGAGAGCUGCUUGCCACGUCAUCUUGGAGGUGCUAG